CGUGUGUAAUGUGUAUCUUUAGUGUUUUAAGCAUAGGUUUUAAGUUCUUAUUAGUUAUACAUCCAUGUUCAUUCAAGGACCAGUGACAAUUGAAAACGACCAAACAUUUGCUUUAAAAUGUUAGCCUGUUACAGGAAAUUAUAAGAACAGUGUUAAGGGUCCAGACGAAGUUAAAUAACGGUAACGUUACCUGCUCCGCCGUUAAGAUACCAUGCCAGACUGGGUCAGUCUAUGCGUGGUCAUUAGCCUAUUGAUAAGUCUUGUAACAGUAGCUGGUUACAUUUUGUACUCGGGACUCCUCACAGACAUUAUCGUACUAACCGGCUCUCCUCCCGUAAAGAAGAUUACAUUCGCCUACAAAUUCAAAGAAGGACCGUACAAAAACUGCAGACAACUUUUUAAGGAGUCUCACAGCAUUGGACCAAAGCUUUCAUGUAUCGGAGUAUUUUAUGAUGACCCUAAAAAGGUCCCGGGACCACAGUGUCGCUAUGCUGUCGGCAGUAUUCUGAGCGAGGGAAAAAACCAGGCAGACGAGGAACUUUUGAAGAGCUAUGAGACAUCAGGCUUUAAUGUCUUUUCCUUUCCUGAAGUCACACACGUGGUCGCUACGUCGUUCCCCCACAGGACGCAUUUGUCUGUCCUCCUGGGAGUAAGAAGAGUUUACCCACGGCUAGAGCACUACAUCAAGGAAAGGAGGCUGUGUGCACACCCAUUCCUUCAGAUCUACAGAGAGGGUCAGAUCCAGUUCAUGGCCCCCUUGGCCCGUCAGGGAGAUUUCUACGUGCCUGAAGUGCGACAGGUAGAAAGGAGGCUGUCAGAACAAGAGGAAUUGCACAGUGACUCAGAACUCUCAGACUCAAACAGCGAAUACAGCUCAGGGAGUGGGGUUCUCCUGUCGGACAGCAGAGGGACGUCCCUAGCAGCGUCCUCUGUCCACUCUGUGCCUAUCCAGGAUCAAGGAGAUAGAAACAACAGAGGGAGAAGCUCCAGGGGAACCUCAUUUAAAGACCUGGACUGGGAGCAGACCGGUGGACAGCAGGCAGAGAGAGAAGAGCCGCUUCAUGGAGACUCCAACCAGAAGAGCCUGGAGGCUCCCACUCAGGAGUGGUGGGGUGCCGUUGGAGGAGAGGAGUAAAAGUUCAGUGAGACACAUUAGUUGAGGAUGAAAGAGUAAAGGAUUGAAAUUGAAGAGUGUCUCACUAUGGGUCCAUGUCCAAAUGUAUAAAUAUUAAAGGACAAGGCAGGUUAUAUUCUAUAUUUUGGUUAUUAUGAACAAAUCCCAUGAAAAGACCAAAACAAGCAAUGUGUUGGUCUGUUUCUUAAUACUUUCAGACUUCCCUACCCUGAAAGCAGAGUCUUUCCUAUAGAAGAAUCAUUAGAAACAGGUCAUGGAUAUAGUGUCAUUUUUUAAAACAGCUGAGCACUGUAGUUUUUAGCAAAUGUUACUCAAGCAGGAGUAAAUAAUGCAUUUUUUGGGGACUACUUUUAAUAGUGGAAUAAUCCACAUUUGGUGCUCUAGUGAGUAUUUAUGGCAGAAGGACAGUGUAUGCAGGACCAACUCUAAAUAAACUACAGUGCCCAUGUUCAUUGUAAUGAAGGAACAUGUCACGCAGUGCAAGAGUGUGUCUCACUGAUGUGGUUUAAAAGUUAUUGGACAACAAAGGAGAUCUAUGGUGCAAAGGGAUAUGCAUCAGGCUUUGGCUACACAGCCAAUACUUGUGAGUGGGGUGAAUUCAUUGCUAAUUUUGGCCAUUUUAUUGUAUUUGUUGAUAAUAACAAUAAUAUAGACUAUAACCAGACAUAUUCUUUAGUCUUUUAAUUACAGUUUUAAAGUGAAUGCAUUCAAAUCUGCUAGAUGUUGACUUGAAAUCUGCAAAACAUAUUCAGGUAGCCUGAGUUUCUUGAAACAGAAGUGAUGUUUGUCAAAAUGUUACAAGAUGACUGAACUGAGUAUUUGUUAGAAAAGUAAUUUUACUUGAAAGGCAUUUCAUUUGAUGUACUGAAGCUGUAACCAUUAUUUUCAUUUCUAAUAAGUUUUUGUUCGUUGGAGUAUUGUUUCACAAACAUACAGGGAAUUCUGUUAAUUUCAAAGAUACUUUUUGACAUGUUUACAAAGGGCCUCAGUUUCAUUCAUUAAUAACUGACAAAGGAUUGAAAUUAUAUAAGCACAUAGACCUCAAGAUAUUGUGUUUGAAUAUUUGUGCAUCUUGUUAGAAGCAUUUUGUGUACUUUUACAAGACUGUGUGUUGGUGAUGCAAGUUUUGAUAUAAAAUGUAUUUCAUUUCUAAAGAGGAAGGUGUGAAUGAAUGCAUAAUUACCUUCUUUGUGUCAUCCUCCUGAGCACCUCUAAGAUUGUGGACAUGAUUAUGGGGAGUGUGCAGCCUGCUGCCAUGAUCAGUCAAGGAGAAAGAUGACAAGCAGUGGGCUGACCAUUAAUAUUCAUUCCACUAUACUGACGGCAAAGCUCUGUGACUCUAAGUUUUAUUUGCAUCUGGCCUCUAGCAUCGACAUUAUCCCCACACAUUCAUACCCAGCUCCUUCAUUUUCUAUUCAGCCGUUAUAUUGUGUUAUUUUAGCUUCUCAACCUUCUCCCAUCUGCUAUCUCUUUGCACAGGCUAAUUUCUGUUUGUUUUUUCUCCUUUUGUUCUUUUCUGUUCUUCCCUCUGAAAUACAUAUGGCAGCUGCAGCCUGAAAGACCACCUGAUGACCCACACGGCCUAUAAUGUGUGUCCAGUCAUACCCAUAUCCUUUAUCUUCCAACAAACAAGAGAUUACCCCAAGCUCGUCGCAGCGAGCCUUGCUCGCUUGGAGGGUGUGGGCAGUUUAAAGGGAUGUGUAUGUGAGAGAAAAGCCAUAUAUGCUGUUUCAAGUAAAUCGCCAUUGCAUAUUCUGAGCUAAAACGUGUUAAUUUAAGAUUCUCCAGAUUUUCACUUGGACAGAAAUGAUUAGACAAAGGCUUCUGUCUGUCCUUCACUUGCAUAUUGUGUGUUUGAUAUGACUAAACACCACACCAAUAUGGCUUUUCUUAAUUAUAACUGUGGCAUUACAUUGAUCAGACAAUCCGACUAUUUUAGCCCAGAGAAAAACCUGCAGAAGAGAGGGUAUUUUAAACUAAAGCUAUUGAAAAGUUGUGCUAUUCAGUCUUAAAUAAUAAUUAACAACACAUACUCCUAGGUUGAAACCUGUGCACCUAACCUUUACAGCAAAUACAUAAUCCUAGUUCUUGAAUAGAUGAUACAAUAGACCUUUAAGACGGUACAUUCAUUCAGCUUCUGACUGACUGAGGUGCUUAUCUAAUCAGAGACCUGUUUCCUGAGGUAUCUGGAUAACCGAGUGAAACCUAGAACAAAUAUUGGACACAACAACAUUAUCCAGAUAACCCAGUAAACCAACUUCUUGGG